UGUCCGGGAAGGGCGGCCCGGACGCGCAGGGGGUGGCCUCCUGGCGGCGCUUCGCCUCCGGACUAGUGUGGCCCAGUCGCCGACCCGUAGGACCGGCGGCGUCCCCCGCGGUCGCUAGGCAACCGCCGGCAGCCGGCUAGGCGGAGAAAACCCAGCGCGCUCGUCCCGGCGCCAUGGACCUGGUCAUCACGCAGCAGCUGGCCCGCGCCGGGAGCCAGCAGGAUGACGCGUCCCUGAAGAGGGCUUAUGCGCUGAUUAAGUCGGCCAACCUGGGCAAAUCAGAGUUCGACCCCAUGGAGAGCUUCAGCCCCGACCUGUUUGUUUUGUGUGCAGAACAGGCGCUGAAGAUGGGGCACCCCGAGAUGAGUGACGACUGCAUCCAGAUGUACUUCAAGGUGAAGGGGCCGGUCACCCAGUUCCUGGGCCGAGCGCACCUGUGUAAGGCCCAGCUCUGUGCCCCCAAGUCCACCGAAAACCUGGAGGAAUUUGAAAAUUGUGUGACUCAGUAUAUGAAGGCAAUAAACUUUGCAAAAGGAGAACCCAGGUAUUACUUCCUGGUGUAUAACGCAUCAGUCCUCUACUGGCAAAUGGUGAGGCCAUUUCUCAAGCCGGGAUAUCAUCACCAUCUGAUCUCCAGCUUCUCCCAAAUUGUCAACGUGUUAAAUCAGACUGAAGAAGAGGACAAGGAGUGGCGGGCAGAGCUGAUGCUGGAGCUUCUGGACUGUUAUCUACAAGCUGGAAAAAAGGAAGAGGCUGCAAAAUUUUGUGUCACUGCAGCGCCAUUUAUAAAAGCUAGCGUGCCACAGAAAUAUCGACACAUAUUUUCUGUUAUGGUGAGACAUGAAUUAGUGGAUGAGCUUCAGUUAGAGGAAGAAAAGAAAACCUCCGCUAGCCUGGCUGUCACUUACCACAUUAAUAUGCUAAAAGCAAAAUUGGAUAAAAAUGAGUUACCUGAAGAUGUGAACUCAAUUCUGAAGAAGGCCUAUAAACAUUUAAGUUACUAUAAUCACCAGCGCUUCCCUUCAAUCAGAGAGGAAAAGAUUCUUUUGCUUUUUGAAUUGGCUCGUCUCUCUUUGACCUUGAAAUGUGAGGAGAUCUCCUCUGGCUGCCUCUCAGACUUGAAGAGUAUUAACAGCACAGAUCCUGGGAAGCUGAUUGAAAUCGAAUGCCUGGAGUACGAAUUAGAAGCUUUAAGACUCGAAAGUAAAAUUAAAAUCUAUGUCCGAGCAGCCGUUGAGACCCAGCUGAACCUGGUGCGGAGACUUGACGUGGCACUCCAGCGGGCCGUGCGGCUGGGCGAGCCCGGGCCCAUCCACGUGGUGUGUGCCACCCAGUGGAACACGAGUCUCCCUCUGCUGCAGCACCACCUGCGGCAGCAGCUGCGGAAGCCACUGGCCAACGUCGCAGACACCCUGGAGAAGGUGGACAGCCUCAUGGUCCUGCUCCGUUGCCAAGUGCACAUGGAGAUGGCGCACAUCGAGGAGGACGAGGACCGGCUGGAGCCGGCCAUGCAGCACCUGCAGAAGGCCAUGCUCCUGGACAGCCUCGGCCUCUACCAGGACAAGCUCACCAUGGCCUUGAACCGGCUGCGCCUGUGUACCAUGCUGUACCAGUCCCCCGAGCGUGCUGAGGACAAGGCCAUCAUGGCCAUUGAGCAGGCAAAAAAAGCUAUCCCAAAAGAUAGCGUCAGGAAGAAGCGGGCUCUCCUGGUGAAUGCAGGCCUGGCGCUAGCCCCCGACACCUUCCAAAUUGUGCUCGACAGUGAGAACGAGGCCAAAGUUUCCAUGGGGAAAUCCAGGGGCCGGUUCACCUACCUGUUUGCCAAGGCGCGGCACCACAUGAUCAGCGUGGACAAAGCUGCCGGGCAUCUGCGGCGUCUGGGGAAUGAGAAUGACAAGGAGAGAAUCCAGAUCUGGGCGGAGCUCGCCAAAGUCGCCCGGAAGCAAGGCGUAUGGGAUGUGUGCCGGGCGGCGAGCCGCUUCUGUCUCCUGUAUGACAACGUGAAGGUGAAGAAGCUGGUGCGGCCGAAGAAAGGAAAGAAGAAGAAGGGUGGAGACAGCCAGGCCCAGGACGCCUGGGGCCAGUCGGAGGUCACCCUGCAGAGGCAGGUGUCCCCCACCCUGCUCCGGAAGUUCGCGGAGGUGGGGUUCAUCAGUGCAGAGGCCACUGUCCAGUUGCUGCGCUCAGAAGGCGUGGAGCUAAAUAACCAUCCGCACCCGCCGGAGGACCUGAGCCAGCACUCGGCCGGCUACACGGUCGAGUCCCCGGAGGACAGCGCGCAGUGGAUCACGUACCAGACCUGGAUCGAGAGUCUGUCGCAGAGUGCCAUGCACAGCUGGUUGCGGUCCGCCGAGAUCGGACAGGAGAUCCGGGAGGGCUGGAUCGUGCAGAACGCCGUGGUCUACGUCCUGAACCACAACCACCACCUCAUCGUGGCCGGGCGGCAGAAGGAGCUUGUGGACACCCUGGACCACCUGCUGAGCAUCGUCAAGGCCACGGGCCACAGCGGAGACCCCACCAUGUUGGUGAUGCUCUGCAAUGCGUUGGCUCGAGGCUUGAUUCUUAACUGGAUUCCAGCCCAAGUGCCAGAAAAAUCCAAAAGACCCAUGCGCUCAAACCUGUUUCACACACCACUGGACUCGGUAGCCAGCUCUGAAGUCAGGACUGCGGUGGAGGUCUGCGAGUUUGCCCUGAGCCUGACGGACGGGACUGUGCACAAGGAGGCGGUGCCCACCAGCGCCCGGCAGCAGCUCAUCGCCACCUGGGUGAAGGCCAAGCAGCUGCUGCAGCAGCAGAUUGGGCCGCGGCUGGGCAUGGACGAGCAGAGUCCCAACGAGGACGUCAACUCAGUGACGCGGGUCCUCGUCGCUCUGGAGAUGUACUCCAGCAAUGGGCUGGGCCUCAUGGACUUCACCGUGCCCCCCUUGGCCCAGUUGGUGAAGAUGGCUUCCGAGUGCAGCUGGUCGGACCCCCUGGUGGAGCUGCAGACCCUCAUGCGGCUGACUCACUUUGCGCACGCGGCCCACGACUACGAGGUCACCAUGCUCUGCUCUCAGAAGGCCAUCCAGACGGGCAUUCGGUACCUGAGGAUGUGUAGCCCGGUCGAGACUGAACUCGUGGCGGAGAUGCUGAGCACCACAGCCUGCAUCCAGGGCAGGAGCAUCAUGGAGAACCUGAAGGGGAGAAAGCAGCUGCGCCUGGUGGCUGCCAAGGCCUUCGUAGAGAGCGCCAAGUUUGGGGGCAUCGCGAGGAACAGCGCCCUGGUGAUGCUGGCUGUGAGGCACUAUUGGAACACCUGGCUUCCGUUCCUGUCUUCUGCAGCCAACAGGAAGAAAGCCAAGAACGUCACACAGAGGAUCAUCAGCAUCAUCAACAAGACAGAAGCGAAAAAGCAGGGAAAAGGGAAAGUGCUGAUUCUGCACCAGUGGCCUACGGCGGACUUCCACAGUGGAGGGAUGACAGAAGGUCAUUUUCUCCCAGGGGCCGAGGACGACCUGACGCUCCGCGCCGCGCUCUAUGGCCUGCUCUUCCACUGCCACGCCGACCAUGGCGACUGGGAGGGCGGCCUCAAGGUGCUGGACGAGGCUGUGCAGAUGCUGCCGCGGACCGCGCACCGCCUCUUGAUUUUUAAACAUAUGGUCAUUGUGAAGGCCAAACUUGGCCAGAAUUUUACAAUGGAAAUACAGAAAUUCAAAGACGAAAGCGAGGAUUAUUUGGCACACAUGUGGCACCGUCUGGCCUUGAACUCGAAGAGUGUCUCCGGAGAGCUGGUCUGCUACCACAACGCCAUCCAAGCCUUGCAGAAGCCAGAGAGCGAGUGGCAAAAAGUUGAGUACAUCAUGGAAUUCAGCGAGUGGCUGUAUUACAAACAGUUUCCUAUGGAAGACGUGACAUUCCACCUGAAGUGGGCGAUUGACAUCCUGCUGCUGAUGACACCCGCCAGUGACACACCUGAGCUGGCAGGUGAGGGGGAGCACCUGUCCACUCAGGGAGGCCCAGAAAGUGUAGUGUCCGAGGACGCGGGGUCAGUCCCCUUGGAGAAGCUUCGGAACGUGAGACAGCUGGAGGCGCUGGCUCGCGCCUACACCCUGCUGGCCCUGAUGGUGUCCCCGAGCGCGGCCAGCUACGAGGACUACUGCCUCAUGGCCUACACGUACCUCAAGCGCAUCUGGCAGGUAUCUUUAUUAACAGCAGGAAAAGCAAUUUCAGAAAGUAAAAUUCUAGCAGCAACAGCUAGUUCACAUUUGUUAUUGCCUAAAAAAGAGAAGGAGAAGAAGAAGGAGAAAGAGAAGGGGAAGGAAAAGGAGAAAGAGAAGGAAAAGGGGAAGGAGAAGGAGAAAGGGAAGGACAAGGAGAAGGACAGAGAAAAGGGCAAAGACCUCAAGCAGCAUCACACCGCGGUUCCUGGCCAACAGCUGGAAGACUUACCGACAAGCAUAGAAGAAUGGGCUUCCUACUCCUGCCCUGAAGAAGUGAUGUCGGUGUUUAAACAAGAUAAAAGCGACUUUACCAUUAACCCGUCAAGCAUCCAGAAGCCGACGUACACUUUAUAUUAUUUGGACCAUUUGGUCAGAGCCCUGCAGAAGAUGUCCCUCUACGAGCUCACCAUCCCAGUCCUGCAGUUGGGUGUAGUAAUUGCAGCAUCUGUGGUAGAAAGCAAGAGCCUCAAGGAUCUCUACCACCUGCGACUUGCCCUUGCUUGUUUGGAUUUGAAAUUGCGAGAAGCAGCUGCCUACCAUGAAGAGGUGGUCGGGCAGACAUACAUCUAUGAGCUGGAGCAGGCAAGCUGCAGAAAAGAAAUUGCCUUGAGAAAGGAGAAGAAUAAGGAACCGCUCUUGGAAGACAGUGUGCCAACUCUGGCUGAACCCAUAACUGCAGUGGACCCAGCAGAAAUGAAGCCCCUCGUGGCCAAGGACAAGCUCCUGAAGAUAAACGGAGAGACCGGGAGGGGCCUGGAAGGGACAUCCUUCCCCCAGCUGUGGACCCUCAAAGCAGAAGUGCUGCUGGACAUGGACCUGUACCAGCCUGCGAGGCUGCUGCUGUCGGAGGCCUACCUGGCCUUCCAGGAGCUCAAUGACCCUUGUGCGGAAGCAAGAUGUCUGCACCUUCUUGCACAGCUGGCAAACAAGGAGAGAAACUACGGACAAGCGAAGAAGAUGGUGGAGCAGGCCCAGCACCUGGGGGGGGGCGAGGAGUUCUGGUACAGCUCAGCCCUGACUCUGGCAGACACGCUCCUGGCCAUGGGAAGCGACGGCAGCGAAGUGGUGGCCUUCCAGCUGUUUCAGAGACUCAUCGAUACCUUCAGGGUCCUGCAGAAGGAAAGACCUAACCGAGUGCCCAUCUUGGAAUUUAUGGUCACAGACCUAGAAGCCAGAUGUGUGCACCUCCGCAUCCGGGCCGUUCAGGGACUGCUUGACCGUGAAUGCUUGUUUCUGCUGACCGAACUGGAUGAUCACUUGAUGGAGAUUGAGAAAAAGUUGACCACCUGGGGCUACAGAGAGAAUUGUGUGGACAUAAAACUAGAGCGCGCAAAGAUAAAGAGAUUAUGUGCCCAAAAUGAGAAAAAUGAGGAGCAAAAAACCGCGUAUCACUUGGAGGCGUACGACUUGGUCCAAAGAGCUGUGGCCGAGGCGGAGGAGCUGUUUCUCAGGGUGCAGGGCUUACUGUCCUUGCAGGAGGGGGCCCAAGGGGGUCAGGAAGGUAGAGCACAUGCUGUACAGGGAACAAUAAAGGUCGGCGAGGAUUUGCAGAACAUCAACACACCUCUGAUGAGGAAGCUGGCGCGCCUGCGGCUCAGCCUUGCAGAAGCGUCUCUGGACAUGCUGCAGCUCAUGUGGGCGGAGGCCCAGGCCCAGCAGCUUGAGCAGGGCUCCAUGGACAAGCUGCUGGCCGACUAUCUGCAGAGCUUGAGUGACUACACCUCCACAGGCCUGAAAUGGUUCAUGCUGAGGCGGACCCUGGCCCACGUUGUGUUGGUGCAGCUGGGGAGCCUGCAUUCGCUGUGUGCCGGCUGCGUGGAGAUCCGUGCUCAGGCCCUGGGCCUGGCGGGGAAGGCCCUCCGCCUGCUGGCCAUGCACGCAGACCCCGAGCGCCCCACCUGCUACUGGGAGGAGGGCCUCUCGGCCAGCCCUGAGCUGAACGGCCUUAGGCAACUGGAGACGCUCCCGGAGGACAGGGCAGGCAAGGAUCACUACGAGGACCUGCGGGCCUCGAGGGCCACCCCCAAGGAGCACCGCAGGAAGGGCUCGGAUCAGCAGAGGAGGAUGGUGCUGGCCCGGCGGUACCUGGCCCAGGCCUCCGAGGCGCUGCUGCAGUGCCUGCAGGUCGCCCUGGGGAGCUGCCUCCUGGACGUUGCCGCCGCCGCCAGCCUGGACAUGGUGGAGUGCACGGGCACCCUGGACCCGGAGGCCACCUGCCAGUUCCUGGCACUGUCUCAGAGCUGCCUGGCUUCAGAAAUGAUGCGGGAUGUCCUGUUCACGGCCACGGCCAGCACCAGCAGCUCGCAGCUCGCAGCCCUGCUGCAGCUCGAGCACCAGCUGAAGCAGAAGGGGAGGACGUCCACCAGCUUCUUUGCGAGCGUGGAGCAGACAUUGGCUGUCAUUUCCAAGGCGUGGCAGAAUCUAAGGGUCACUGAGCAGCAUUUUAACCUCCUGAAUGAAAUCCCGCCUACCUUUCGGAUCCUCAUCCUGCAGCACUCGCCGGACAGGGCCUGUCUGUACUGCACAGCCUAUGAGAGACCCAAGUCCAUCCCCGCGGCCAAAGGGAAGGUGCUCCAGGUGGGAGGCUCCUGCAAGGUAGCACGGAUGGCCGUGAGCCCGGACACCUUCUCCUGCCUGUUGGCCAGUGCCCAGCAGUUCCGGGAGCUGACCCAGGCUGCGGUGCACAAUGAGGACCUGGCCCUGAGCUCAGGCACGGAAUUGGAAAGUGUGCACCUUAAAAAGGAAGGACACUCUCUGCAGAGAUUCAGUGAUGUCCUGGCAUCCAUGGAGGAGUACCUGAGGCCACUGUUCCCAGUGCUCAGCAGCCCUGCGGCCAGAACACAGAUUCCCACGCCUGCUGCGGAUUCCGGGAAAUCAAAGGGCAAAGACAAGGAAAGGAAAGUGUCCCCGCCCCAUGGUGACUGGUGUCCCCUGUCCGCAGUUCAGCUCGAAGCUGCAGACAACACCAUCCUCAUUGUGGACAAGGAUCUUCUGGAGCUGCCGCUGGAAGGCCUCUCUGUGUUUGAGGAGGCCGUGGUCUCCUCCGUGUCCCGGGAGUUCUCCCUGCAGAUGUUAUGCCAUCGCCUCCACAAAGAGGAGACAGCCGAGGGGACCGUGAAGAAGGAGGGCAGAGGCAAGAAGAGGAGUCCAGCGAAGAAGGGACAGAAGGACACUCCGCCCCGGCUCAUCCCCCCGGACUGCAUCGUAGUCGACGCCGACAACUUCAAGUUCAUCGUGGACCCCUACGGGGAGGCCCAGGGCAUAGAAAGGCUGACUCCUGUCUUCGUCACCCGGGAAAUUUUGGAAAGAUUCCGAGACACGUUCACUGCUCUCUGGGUGGGACAUCUGGGAAAUAAGCACUUCCCCAGCCAGGCCGAGUGGGAGCAGCUCCUGGGCAGCUGCAGCGGCUUCUUCUUCUACGGGAUGGAGAGCUUCCUGUCCCACAUACUGGUGGAAAGGUUGGCUGCCAUGAACCUACGAGAGUGCCAGAUGAUGGUCCUGCUGGGCCUGACGCGGUCCUACAAGAGCAUGUGGCGGCGUAUGGAGAACUCAGAGAACAAGAGGUCUGUUGACAGUUGGCAGGCCGAUCGGGAGAGCAGUCCGUCUCCUUCAGAACAUGGGAUCUGGGUCAAACUGCUGUCCCUCCCGCCACAGCUCAGCGACCAGGAGCGGCUGCCCAUCGUCCUCAACUUGGUCCUGUACGGGCUGCCACACCUGGCCAUCGGGUGA